AUGUCGGAGAGGUCGGAGAGGAGAAUGUCCGGGGUACCCUCGGUGACGAAUCCUGAAGAGAAGAUAAACUAUCUGUCGCACAGCGGGAUAGACGCCAACAAGAGGAUGAUCUACCUGCUGACCUACAUCGAGAACGACAUGAAGUCCAAGGUGAAAGAGACCGACGCCAAGACCGAGGAAGACUACAAGGCCGAGAAGGAGCGCAUCUUGACGCAUGCGCGCGCGCGCAUCAACGAGAUCGUGAGGACGAAGGAGAAGGAAGUCGAGAAAAGGUACAAGGUCGCGGUAUCGCGGAUCAAAAUUAAGGCACGGCUCAGCGUGCUGAGCGCCAGGAACGAGCUGGUGGCCAAAGUGCUGGCCGAGACCCGCUCCAAGCUGACCAUGAUCACCGAGAAGGAGGCACGGUACAAGCCAUUCCUCGAACGCCUCAUCCUGCAGAUGGGCUGA